AUGUAUCUAUAUAUCUAUCUAUCUAUCUAUCUAUCUAUCUAUCUAUCUAUCUAUCUCAUUCUGUUCAUCUAUCUAUCUAUCUAUCUAUCUCUCUAUCUAUCUAUCUCAAUCGGCUCAUCUAUCUAUUUAUCUAUCUAUCUAUCUUUCUCAAUCUGCUCAUCUAUCUAUCUAUCUAUCUCAAUCUGUUCAUCUAUAUAUUUAUCUAUCUCAUUCUGUUCAUCUAUCUCUCUCUCUCUCUAUCUAUCUAUCUUUCUCAAUCUGCUAAUCUAUCUAUCUAUCUCAAUCUGUUCAUCUAUCUAUCUAUCUAUCUAUCUCUGUUCAUCUAUCUACAUAUCUCAGUCUGUUCAUCUAUCUAUCUAUCUAUCUAUCUAUCUAUCUAUCUAUCUAUCUAUCUCAGUUAAAUCAAUCUAUCUAUCUAUCAAUCCAUCUAUCUAUCUAUCCAUCUAUCCAUCUAUCUAUCUAUCUAUCCAUCUAUCCCAGUCUGUUCAUCUAUCUAUCUCAGUCUGUUCAUCUAUCUAUCUAUCUAUCUAUCUAUCUAUCUAUCUAUCUAUCUAUCUAUCUCAGUAUGUUCAUCUAUCUAUCUAUCUAUCUAUCUAUCUAUCUAUCUAUCUAUCUAUCUAUCUAUCUUAUCUGUUCAUCUAUCUAUCUAUCUAUAUCUAUCUAUCUAUCUAUCUAUCUAUCUAUCUAUCUGUUAAUCUCAAUCUAUUAUCUAUCUAUCUAUCUAUAUCUCAUCUAUCUAUCUAUCUAUCUAUCUCAGUCUAUUCAUCUAUCUAUCUAUCUAUCUAUCUAUCUAUCUCUUCAUAUUUACUUAUUUAUUUAUUCUCAGCACAUAAGAUACAAGAAUCACUCGAUAGGACCACCAUCGGAGGCCACCACUUUCUCCAGACUGUACCUGAAGCUAGAGAAGGCUUUGCUGACGGCACCCCUGUCCAUGUUGGUAUUGACGUCCUUCAUGGCUCACUUGAGAGCCUUCUUGGUGUUGUAGGGCCUGCUGUUCAAUCUCCUAGACGCUCCUCACAAUUCAUCCUUCUUGACAAUGUGCCCGACUGUCUUCCUGAUGGGACCCAUUUUUCUGGCGGUUUUCCUUAUAUUUUUGCUAGGGUGCUCCUUGACAAUAUAGGCAACGUCGGCGACAAAUUCGCGCAUCCUGGUGGCACCAGUGCCCUUCUUAUGAGUCUUCACUUCUGGUUUAUAAUUGAAGACCUCCUUAAGAAUACACCAGAUGGUACGCUUGCUGCUGCUCAUUUCCUUGGUGAACAUCCUUUUGCUAGAGUUCUCGUUGACAACAUUGGCAACAUCGAACUUAAACUUUAUCUAUCUAUCUAUCUAUCUAUCUAUCUAUCUAUCUAUCUAUCUAUCUAUCUAUCUGUUUCAUUUUAUCUGUCUAUCUAUGUAUCUAUCUGUUUCAUUCUAUCUUUCUGUCUGUUUCAUUCCAUCUAUCUUUCUACAGCAGUGUAA